AUGUUAACUUUUUCAAAACAGAGGAUCUCUGAGGUCUUCAGUGUUUCAGAAGCAGUUGCUCAUCAACAAAAGCAGGUAACAUCCACCAGUGGGCAACAGAAAUAUCCUAUUGCAGAUUGUAACAAAGAAAGCUUGCCCACCGAUCAGUGUCUCAAUCUCUCAUCGGCCCAUUCUGUUGGUCCAUUAGCACUCAAAACCUACCUCUGCCCUCUGGAGUUCUCCUCCUACAAUUUGGCAAGAACGCCUGCCAUCUCCAUUUUCUACCUGAGUGGAAGUCUAGAAAUCUCUAACCUCACCUACACCAAUGAGUUAGGAGACCCACGCUCACAGCAGUUUAUUUCACAAGCACAGGCAGUUCAAAAUUAUUUUUCAGAACUGUAUGAGCCAUCUAUAUUGGGAAAAUAUUACCUAAAAUCUGUCAUCACUGCAUUUAGUGAAGGAGAAGAAGGGCUUCGGGCAUAUUAUUGGACUUCAGGAUCUGAAGAAUAUGACUUGACAGUAAAGUCAGCGAUUUCUUUUGAUCUAUAUGCAAAACCAGGCAACAAUCGGACACUGACAUUGACACUCCCAAAGAGAUCCUAUUACCAGUGGCGGCUCCGAGUUCCAUCAGGCCAUAUUGUACACUUAGUGAUCCUGACCCUACAUGGGGCAAUUCCAGGAAACUGUGCAAUCCAUAAACUAUCAGCCUAUGAUUUCCUACUUCCUGUACAGAACAAAAUAAUAACACGUUGGUGUGGUUCGCCUGUAACUUGGAAUCCUCCAGUUAUCAGAUUGACUUCAUCAGGCAAUGUGAUGUUGGUGACAUUUUCCUCAAAUGUACCAAGAGUUGGUUCUGUAUUUAAAGCAUAUUUUGAGGCUGUUCGAAAAAGAGGUUGUGGUGGUAACCUAAUAUCCUGGAAUGGCUCCUUGAGCUCACCCUACUACCCUCGUUACUAUCCUCCCAAAAUUGACUGCACCUGGACCAUCACUACACCUGCAGUGGGGUAUAUUAUAGCCCUUUCUGUUAUUGUUUUGGAAAUCCAAGCAGGAUCCCAAAGUUCCAGUAAUUGUGAUAAGGACUGGUUAGAGAUUGAGGGAAUCAGGUACUGUAAUCGAAUAACUGAGGGUGGCUUCAGCAAGAUUUAUGGAAGAUCUGUUAAAAUUAAGUUUAAAUCUGAUCAAUCAAUCACCUACAAAGGAUUUUAUUUGGAGUACAAAGCCUUCAGCUAUGAGGAUCCUUGCCCAAACCAAUUUAAGUGCAAGGAUGGAUCAUGUAUUUCUUUAAAGAACCAUUGUGAUGGAUGGAGGGACUGUCUGGAUGGCAGUGAUGAAACUAAGUGCAAUUGCUACUUCACAUGUCCAAGUGGAAACUGCAUUCUACAUGGAUCUGUUUGUGAUGGAAUAAAUGAUUGUGGAGAUGCAAGCGAUGAACUAAAUUGUACAAGAGCAGUGAUCUUUCCUUCAUUGCAUAAAGGCUGCUCCUUUACAUCAUAUAAGUGCCAUAAUGGUAAAUGUGUGAACAAGAUUAAUCCAGAAUGUGAUGGGAAAAGAGACUGCAUGGAUGGAUCAGAUGAAUCAGGCUGUGGAUGUGGAACAAGUCCAGCCAAGAAAACAAAAAUUGUUGGGGGUGAAAAUGCCAAGAAAGGGAAAUGGCCUUGGCAAGUUAGUCUGCAAAUGGGAAUGUAUGGGCAUAUAUGUGGAGCAUCCAUUGUUUCAAAUCGUUGGCUGGUAUCAGCUGGCCAUUGUUUCCAAGACUCUGACUCAAUCCGAUAUUCCACUUCAUCAGCUUGGACGGCAUAUUUAGGCUUGAGGUUAAUGAAUAGAAUGAACUCCUGGAUAGUGACCAGAUCAAUUAACAGAAUUGUUACCCAUCCCAAAUAUGAUGAAUAUACAUCAGAUUAUGACAUUGCUCUAUUAGAAUUGAAGACACCAGUCUUUUUCAGUGAUUCCAUCCAACCUGUCUGCUUACCUGCUAUUACUCAUGUCUUCAGUACCACAUCAAACUGUUACGUAACUGGCUGGGGAGUACUAGGAGAAGAUGGUGAAUUGGCCACUGUUCUUCAGGAGGCCAGUGUGAAAAUAAUUCCCCUCAAUAUUUGUAACAAGUUAUACAAGAAUUCAGUGACAACUAGAAUGCUGUGUGCAGGCUACCUUCAUGGUGGAGUUGAUGCAUGCCAGGGAGACUCUGGAGGUCCACUGGUUUGUCUGGGGAAAAGAAGGAAGUGGUUUCUCGCAGGAAUAGUCAGCUGGGGAGAAGGAUGUGCUCGACGUAAUCGUCCUGGCGUUUAUACUCGGGUUUCUAGAUUUUCUGACUGGAUCAAGCAACAAAUCAAUUAGAUCGUCAGUCCGUUCUGUGAAGAUGCUCACUAUUUUUCUUAAUUGGAGUAUUUUAAUAUUUCAGUAUUUUUACUCAUAGC